CUUUGUAGCUUAGAGGAAAUGGAAAGCCUAGACAAUAUCUCAAUCCCUACACCCGCCCCCCCCCCAACACAUACAGGCAAAUACCCCUCCCUGAGGUUACCCAUCAAGAAGAAUUUUACUCCUGAACCGAACAAAACUUAGGAAACAUUUUCCUGGGAGCUGGAAUGUGUAUGCUUGCCCAUAGGACUGCAGAUUCACAGCAGAGAAAAUUACAAUUAUAAAUCCUGCCUGUGGUGUAUCUGUACAAUCCCUCUGUUACGUACUUAUGACUUAGUACACAUUUAUAUACACUGCUCUGAACACACACUUCCUCCUUGAGGCAGGGAGACACCCCAGACCCGCAGAAGGCUGUGCCCGCUGUGUAUUUACAUAUUCUCGCGUGGAGGAGACAGACAGACAGAGGUGGACUGAACCACAGACAGAUUUGUAAAGAUCUGGCUCCAGAAAACAGGCGGUCUCUGUCCCGCCCUGCCUGCCUGUUCUUUUUCCCAAACAAACGGAUCAGACGAAUAAACGCUCAUAAAUACCUCUGGGCUUAGAUAAGAGCGAUGAGGCGCUAUUUCCUUUCAUGCCCGACUCCAGGCGCCCGGGCCCUGCCCGUAGUGGCUCCAUCUCUUGACAGGCAACCUGCAGAGGUGAGGUUAAUUUGGGGACUGCGACUCUUAGAAUAAGGCAAUUAUUUUUCUGCUUCCAUCACAGGGGAAGGCUCCCUUCCUCACUGCAUCUUACUUUGCCCAGACUCCACGAAGAAGACCACACCAACCAAUGCUAGGAUGGGGACAUUGUGGCCAGGAAGGGAGCAGGGAGGGCUGAGGCCCAGAGCUCAGACUUAAUGUCAGGGAGGAGGUAGGUGCAUGCAAGCACUCUUCCCCACCUUGUUCCCCCUGUUCAAAUAGCCCCUACUCCUCUCUUGGAGUAAGCCCAAUCAUAACUAGAUUUGGAACAUUUAUAUUCAUUAUUAGGUGUUUUGAGUUUCUUCUCUUAAAUCCUCAUCAAAUCCCCCAUAGAAUCAGGCUAGGAAGUGAUUGGAGGGACAUCCAUGAUGGCCACUUUGCCAUGAAGGUGCAGCCUAGAAAUUGCCCUGAGUUCAGAGAGCCCUAGAGACCACUUUGCAACCAAAUACGUUCCCACUCUUGGUUACCCAACCUCAGCCCUCUACCACCUUCCCUAGUGUCUUGUGCCAUCUUCAGCGGGCAGAGCUCAGUCAUAAAAAGGAGCCCUAAGGACUAGGCAGAGGAAAGUCAGCCUGGCCAGACAUCACACUUUGUCCCACACCCUGGCCCCUUCCUGUCCCCAGGUCGGAAGUUUGUCAACCUUCACUGCCUGGCCUGUGCACACAUAUUAGAAUGUUGCAAAUGCAUUGUGGUCCUGUCUCCCACCCUGGGCUCAGUGCUUAUUUUCUUCGGAUGAGAGAGCCAGAGGCAUACACUCUUAUGCCCAAGCUUGUAAGGCAGCAAAGCGGAUGAUCCAAACAUGGAGUGUGGGAGGGAAUUGUAGAGAUGCUGAGAGACAGACAGAAGGGAGAGGGGAUGCAGGCUGAUGGUUGGAAACUGCCUGCUGGGUCUCCAGGAGGACUGGAACACCUCCCUCCUAAUAAAACUAAAGCAAAACUAAGUCUUGGGAAAGAAAUUAUUUUAAAAAGAACUGCCAGCUUCUAGAGAGACCUGGAAAAGGGGCGAGGGCUCCUCUUUUCCAGGUGGUCCUCUGAUUGCUCCAAAUAUUAGGAGGAUUUGAAGACCCACAAUUGCAAGAAGAACAAUUUCUUCCUUGUGCCCAGAUUUACUUGGAUAUCCUUGAUUCCUAAAAAUCUGAGCCCAGGAUAUUUCUAUGUCUUUUGGAAUAUCAAGGGGUACUGGAGGGAGGGUUGCAGGCAGGAUGGAGAUCAGACAGAUAAAGCCACGUAGAAUGAAGGGUACCCCUCACUCUCUCACUCCAUAUCCCCAAGUGAGGAGAGGGUCAGUCCUUUUCCCCAGUGCCUCUUCCCCUGCCAAGAGUGCGCAGCUGCAUACUAGAACCAGGCAGGAUGUCUUGGGCAGCAGCAGCCGCAGCCUUCCAAGAAGCUCCUAGCCUGGCGGCAGAGCCAGAGGGGAAGCUGGGGCUCAGAACCUCCUGCGAUCUCCCCCUCUUCUGGGUCUUCCAGGCAGUAGGAUCUGACCUGCCCCCGCUCAGACCAUAAGAGUUGUGGAGAAGCAGGAAUAAUAAAACCAGGCUUGGAGGAGAGAGAGAGUAGGUCUGAUACAGAGAAAGAAAUGAUUUUCAAAACCUGGGAGGGAGGGUGUUUCUUCUUCGCUUUCCUUUCUGAAACGAUGCAAAUUAUCAGAGGAGUCUUAUUACCUACCAACAUAAAAUCCUAGAAACAAACCUUCUCCUUUAGCUCUCUCUCAAGGAGAUUCAGCAACAUUUACCCACCCCUCCCUGAGGGAAAGGGCCCAAGCUACGCAGGGGUUAACUUUUCUGAAAACACAAUUAACUUUUUCCUAUCCUGCGUGGGGUGAGGGGAGGGAUAUAUUUAUUUAAUCACUGGGGGAUGGGGUGGUCUCCAUCCAAAUGUUCCCUCCUCCCUCAAAGGCACAGCGCCUCUUUCGCAGGUUCUGCGUAGGUGGAACAGGACGCGUUGUGUUUGUUGGGGGGGGGGGGAGAGAGAGAGAGAGAGAGAGAGAAAGGAGGAGAAGGAGGGAAAAAAAGGUUGAUAGGUUUGUGCGCGGGUCCCUCGUGCGGGCUGCGCUCCUCCAGGGUGCUAUUUGACAAUUCCUGCCUCUGCCAUUGGUCAGUGUUGGAUCAGAUGGUUGUAUUUCCUUCUGGCCCUCACUGGCACCUCGCCAUCCCCCCUCAGCUAAAACCCAAUCUCGGAUAUACUACUAAUAGGCGCGGCGCUCAGACUAUAAAACACAACAAAUCAUAAACCCGGCGGAGCAGCAGCGGCCGCGCGCGCCUCCCCUCCCAAUGAGUUCCUAUUUCGUGAACUCCACCUUCCCCGUCACUCUGGCCAGCGGGCAGGAGUCCUUCCUGGGCCAGCUACCGCUCUACUCGUCCGGCUAUGCGGACCCGCUGAGGCACUACCCCGCGCCCUAUGGGCCGGGGCCGGGCCAGGACAAGGGCUUUGCCACUUCCUCCUAUUACCCGCCGGCCGGAGGUGGCUAUGGCCGAGCGGCGCCUUGCGACUACGGGCCGGCGCCGGCCUUCUACCGCGAGAAGGAGUCGGCCUGCGCGCUCUCGGGAGCCGACGAGCCUCCCCCGUUCCACCCCGAGCCGCGGAAGUCGGACUGCGCGCAGGACAAGAGCGUGUUCGGCGAGACCGAGGAGCAGAAGUGCUCCACUCCUGUCUACCCGUGGAUGCAGCGGAUGAAUUCGUGCAACAGUUCCUCCUUUGGGCCCAGCGGCCGGCGAGGCCGCCAGACCUACACGCGCUACCAGACGCUGGAGCUGGAGAAGGAGUUUCACUACAAUCGCUACCUGACGAGGCGGCGGCGCAUCGAGAUCGCGCACGCCCUGUGCCUGACCGAGCGACAGAUCAAGAUCUGGUUCCAGAACCGGCGCAUGAAGUGGAAAAAGGAGAGCAAACUGCUCAGCGCCUCUCAGCUCAGUGCGGAGGAGGAGGAAGAAAAACCAGCCGAGUGAAGGUGCUGGAAAGGGAGGAGGGACGCGAAGGGAGAGGCCUGUGGGGAGCCGAGGGCGUCGGAGAGUCCCGAGAAGGCUCUGCGGGCGGAGGAGCCCAGGGACCUGCUCUCCAGCGCACAACAGGCGGGGCCCAGCGCUCUCCUGGACGCCUCUGCCCGCAGAGCUCUUGGCGGGUGCUUGGAGGCCGCGCCACCCGAGCCCACCCAGCACCCUGCGUGCCCCCUUCCUCCCCGAGGAACCCGCCUCCGCCCGAUCAAGCUCUCCGUGAGAACUGAGGAUAGGACUCACUUGAUGUUUCCUGGAAGCAGAGCAAAAAAAAUGCUCUAGUCCGUGUCUCGUCUCAUUUCGUCCAUGUUCCUGUGCACGGUUCAAUGGUAGAUUCGCUGUGCCCUCAGCGGGGGCCUCGAAAACUCCCUGACCCCAGACCUGUCGUCUCUCCCACCUCCUCCCCAAAGCCACUGGAAGGAGCACAUACUACCUAGAAGAAGAGGAGCCUCAGAAGAAAACAAAGUUCUAUUUUAUUAAUUUUCUAUGUGUUGUGUUUGUAGUCUUGUCUUAGCUCUGGACGUGAAAUACUUCGGUAAUAAUAUUAAUAUUAUUAAUAAUGAUGAUGAUAAUAAUAAUAAUAAUAAAGAUGUGAAAACUC